AUGAAGGCUGGAGUUAUGGUGGAACGACCUCUGGUGGAAAACAGGAAAAAUGCUCAACAAACUGUGGAAAAUGCAAUUCUAGAUAAAGAUCUGGUCAAAGAGGUUUCUGUAUACAAACAAGAAUAUGUCAUCUGUUUACAGAAAGUCGUUGAUGACUUGAUGGAAGAUGUUGGCAAAGCAACGAGAAGUGAGGCAGAUGAUGUGAAAUCUCUUCUCAAUGUCAAUAUUGUAAAGCUAAAUGAAAAAGUCCGUUUCCUAGAAAUGGAACGUUCCGAUAGAGAAGUCAAUAUGGAAAGAUGUCUGAAAAUAAAAGAAAUGUUGAGUCAUAAGUGCAAAGAUUCCCGUCAAAUCUUUGUAGAAGAGACGAAGUCUUUCAAAGGUAUCGCAGAAGAGCCUACACAGUGUUUAACAGAAGCGUUAAAAUCUAAAGAUGCCAUUGUGAGGAAGCUUGACAAAUGGGAACAUUUGCAGGAACGGUUUAUCCCAGGGUCAGAAUGUGCCCCAUUGAAUACGUCCCAAUUACAAGAAUAUGGUUAUCACAGCAACGAAACACAUGAAAUUGUCUACGAAGCAUGCCAGAUAAAUAUAAACAGCUUGGACGGCAGCAGCAAGAACGAGACUCUGGAAUGUAUCAAUGGCUACAGCUAUGAUCGCGACAAAUAUAGCUCUUUUGUAUCGGAGAUUUUAAUUGCAAUGUUUCGUAUUGCUAAAGGACGUAAACCUAUUUUGGUGCUGAGUGGCAUUCUUACUUUAAUCGUCAGUGUCGGAUCGUCAUUUUCUCCAAAUUAUGUUGUGUUUGCAGUAUUACGGGGACUUGAAGGCAUUUUUAUUCAGGGUCUCUCAGUAUCUUGUAUUACAAUAAUGCUGGAGCAUUUUCCAGUCUCUAGUAAGACAUUAAUGUGCGGCGUAACUGGUAUAGUAUGGAGUUUGUCUGUCGUGCCAUUCGGUCCUAUUGCUUAUUUGCUUCGACACUAUAACUGGAGAAUAAAUAACAUCGUCUUCUCAGCUACACACGCUGUUGUAUUCUUUCAAUUCUGGUUCCUUGAGGAAUCUUUAAGAUGGGUGGUGACAAAUGGCUUCGUGGAACGAUCAAAGAAAAUCAUCAAAAGAGCCUCCAAGUACAACGGUGUCGAUUUUGACCGUAUCUGGGGAAAUAACAUGAAGUCAUCUUUGAUUCCAUUAGUGAGCAGCGAAAACAAGAAAAAGACCCCUUCCAAAGAGGACCUUAAUCAACAGGAUAAGGUCAAAGAAGGAUUCCACACAAUAUUUAAAGAUUCCUUGGCUAGAAAAAUUAGCAUAAUCGUACUUUUUAUAGGGUUGACAAACACUCUAACGUACUACGGCAUAUAUUUGACGUCAUCUGAGCUGGCAGGCGAUCAUUAUUUGAAUUUCUUUUUGGUAUCCCUGACAGAAUUAGCCGCAAAUAUAUUGAUGGCCGUGCUACUUUUCAAGUUACAAAGACGUUCAACAAUGGCAUUAUUCCUGUGUUUAUCCGGUGUGUCUCUUCUUUGUGCAGUCCUGGUUAACAACUUGGGAGGAAAAAAGAAAGUAUUUUCCAUUAUCAAUACAGUGUUUAGUAUGAUGGGCAUGUUUGGAAUCAGUGCCUCAAAUUGUAUUAUGUGGUUAUACACCCCAGAAGUAUAUCCUACUAACCUCAGAAACAUCGGUUUGGGAUUUCUCGCGUUUUGUGACAGUAUUGGAAGUAUGAUUUCACCAUAUUUCCGUAUUUUGAUGCUCUAUGUGCCUUGGUUACCUGGAACAAUAUUCGCUAUUGGAACGCUUACCAGUGUUUGUCUUUUGAACUUUAUGCCAGAAACUCAACGUUUACAGAUGCCAACCACAAUGGACGAUGUUCGAAAACAACUAGAAGCCCAGAAGAGGAAAAAGAAAAACCCAUCAAGUGAGGAAAAUUACCAAGAUUCAAACCUUACUCAAGCAUGAUUCGAAAAAACUUAUCAAUAUUUAAAUUUCAAGUGGAGGGAAGAAUACAAGGAUGUCAAGUUUCUAUAAAUAGACGUAUGUGAUAUUUACCUCUAUUUAACCAUCUCAUGUUGUCUCUGAUGAAGGGAUA